UCUGAAAUGAUGAAAGAGGUAGAAAGCGGCAAAAAAUUGCGCCAUGUACAAUGCAAUGACAGAUCUCAACCGAUUCUCACCUGUAAAUCAAUGACAAAAGUUGAUGAUAAAUUUAUCUAUGAGACAGAGAAAGAUAAUUCACAUAAUAAAUUGUUAAAACAAAUCCAAGGCGGUGUAAAAUUGAAACCCACAAAAACACAUGAUCGCAGUAAGCCGUUUAUAGAGGGUCUCAGAAAAUUCCGCAAGCAAAUGACAAUUGAAGAGCAAUUACAAAAAUCACAAUCAAAAAUAAAUAUGCUAGGCGAGGCACCCAGCAGUAUAGCUACUAAAGAUGAAGUUGGCUCUUCAAGCGGUAUUGUAGCUGCGCUAUCAAUCGAUGAUCCAAGCGGUGAUGAACUCGACGAUAUCGAUAACAUACGCGACGAUCUGCAGAGUACAAAGCAAAUGUUGGCACUCGAACUGCGUACUCGUGAAGCACAAGAACGUGAAAAUAAAAAACUCUUGGCAAAAAUUGCAACACUCGAAGCUGAAUUGGAACGUGAGAAAUCACGUGAAAAGAAUUUGGAAUAUGGAUCGAAUGUUAUAGUAGCAACUAUGGAUGCAACACCAGGGAAAGAAGAACUUUAUGUGCGCUCACUGCAAAAAGAAGCAGAAGAAUCGCGUAACGCUUCAAGUGAAUUACAAAAGAAAUAUUUGGAUACUGGUGAACUCCUUGAUCAGGCCAAGAGUGAAAUUGAAGAACAGAAACGACAAAUACAAAUGUUGGAACGUAAGUUGGCGCAGGCAUUACAGGGCGGUGGUUCAAUUGGUGGUUCGAGACGCGCUAGUGAGGCACAUUUAGGACGUGACAGUUCACCUGAAUUCGAUGUUGAACUUAGCGAAAGUGAUCCAGACGAACCUGAAGAAAAAAAAACUGAACGACGUGAACGACGUUUAGUUAAGGAAGUGAAAGUACUGCGCAAGAAACUAACAAUUCUCAAAGUCAAACAGGAAGCAGCUAAGAAGGAAAAAGUGGCCUUGAAACAGGCAAUGAAGAAGAAUCAUGUUAUUCUUAAGGAAGAAAACAAAAAAUUCAAAAAAUUGGACAAAGAAGUUCAAAAAAUGGCGAAAAAUAUGGAAGAGGAACCAGACUUCGACGAUUUGGACGAUGAUGAAGAGAAACCUAAAGCAGACAAUGAAGCUGAACAAUCAGAUGAGGAAGAGGAAGAAGAGGAGGAAUCUGAGGAAGAAUCCGAAGAAUCAGAAUCAGAAGAGAGUGAAGCUGAAACAGAAAGUGAAAGUGAAGCAGAAGACGCAACAAAUACUGACAAGAAAAAUAAUUUGGAACCACGUGUGAAGAAACAUGAAAGCCGCCUCUCAGCCAUGAAGAAAUGCAAUGUGCUCCUACAAGCAAACGUAGAUAAUUUACAGGAUGAAAUCACACAAGUACGCGCCAAGGCAGCCAAUUUACAAGCCGAAUUAGACGCAGUACUGGCAGAUUUAGGAUUUUAAAUUAUAAACGUUAUUUUAGCAGAGAACUUAUUGUGUUAACUGUUUUGCUUUUUUUUUAGGUAUUUUAUAUUCUAAUUGACUUGUAUUUAUUAAA